GGCACCUCUGAGUGUUGGCAUGGUGCUGCACAUGGUUCUUGUCAUUUUGAGCCUCUUGCCACUUCUGGAGGCCCAGAACCCAGAACAUGCCAACAUCACAGGCACAGCUAUUACCAACGACACACUGAUCUGGCUCUCUGGCAAAUGGUUUUACAUCGGCUCCGCUCUACGCAACCUCGAGUUCAAACAGGCAGUUCAAAAGAUACAGGCAGAAUAUUUUUACUUUACCCCCAACUUGACAGACAACACGAUCUUGCUCCAGGAGUACCAGACCUCGGAGGACCGGUGUGUCUUUAACUCCACCAAGCUGGGAGUCCAGAGAGAGAAUGGGACUCUCUCAAAAUUUGAGGGAGCAGUAGAACAUGUUGCCCACUUGAAAGUGUUCAUGAAACAUAGGGGUUUCAUGCUUGCCUUUGCCCUGGAAGACAAGAAAAACUUGGGACUGUCCUUCUAUGCGAACAAGACAGAUAUUGCCCCAGAGCUUCUUGAGGAAUUCCUGGAAGCUGUCAGAAGUCUGGGCAUGGAUGAGUCAGAAAUCAUAUACACUGACUGGAAAAAGGUAAAUGAAGGAUGUGUGCAGCCAGCAGCAGAAGCAGCGUGAGCCAGAGAGAAAGAAGACAGAGGAGGGUCCCUAGGAAGGCCAGGCGUCUGUGCUCUGUUCUCAUGCUCACCACGCCCACCCUGUGCAUCUUGGUCCUUUCUUCACACCAAUAAAGGUUUGGCAAAACAUUCAAUAA